UCUCUCCUUUCUAGCUUUCUCUAAUGGCAGAGACACCCUUAAAACGUCAGAGAGAAAACAAUCAAACAGAAGACGAAGAAGAAAUAAAGCGUUAUAGGUGUUACAAUCACAUCAUUUCUCUUCUGGAGGCAGAUGAGGAUGAACCCAACCAGGAUCUCUCUUCUUUAAUGACAACCCUCCAACAGGAGCUCUCGUCCGCACCCAGUUCGGAGCCUGCUCCUGAGGCUCACACCAAUCAACCCACCCACUCCGCUCUUUAUAAUCUUAAUUCAUCGUCUGCGGCGGCCACUGUUGAGAAUAGCAAAGAUGGACAAGCAGAGAAGGGGACUGAAAUAACACACAUUCUUGAAGCUUCUGAUGAUGAGCUAGGUUUCCCACAGGGAGAUAUAAGAGUAUCUGAAGCGGAAGAUGAAAGUAUCAACCCUGAAAGCACUGGGCUGUCCUGGUAUUUUGAUGGGUUGUGGGAAUUCGAAGAUGUGGCUGCCAACUACUAUACGUUAGUGCAGUCGGAGCUGUUCUUGUAGCCAACCUUUUCUGGAGUAGAGAACGGAGGAAAUGAUAAAAAAAGGACAGA